AUGCUACAACUCUUCAAAAACCUGCGAGCUGCGCUAAUUUCCGACAUUAUAAACAACUUGACUGCAGAUUUAGAAUUGGAAUUAAAUAUCUUUGUAAACAAUGACGUAGCUCACGCCAACGAACUCUAUCGGCGCUGUGCUUCGACACCGAAAAUCAUACUUGACAACGAAAAUGCCACGCUAGGCAUCAAAGGUCGCAUAACGGAAAAUGUAUUAACCAUCGUUUUUAUUCGUGCAGAUGACACGAAACGCAAUAUGAAUUUUUUGGUCGAACUAUUGUGGGAACGGCAUUACACGAAUGUGCUGUUCGUAUACGAAAACACGCAAGCAGUUUCGAACUUAAACACACUUUUUCAAUUUUGUUGGCGAAAUGGUUUCGUCAAAGUGCUGGUUUUGGUCAAUCGCCUGCUCUACACAUAUCAACCAUUUCCACGCAUAAAAGUGGUGGCUUUAAGCAAACUCAGCGAAUAUUAUGACAAGUCGCAUUUGCAGAAUUUUCAAGGUUAUCCGCUACGUUCGAGUAUUAACAAUAAUGCGCCGAGGGUUUAUCAUUACACAGACGCCAAUGGAAAUCUCGCUAGUGGUGGUUAUUUGUAUUGGUUGAUAUUGUUAUUUAUUGAACAUUAUAACGGCACAUUUAAAGAGGUACGCAUGCCUACCUAUCAAGUAAACUUAACAAAUACAAUUUGGGCGUUUGAGCAUAAAGAAAUCGAUAUAAUGGCCGAUCUGCUCUUCAUGUAUCCUAAUUAUUCGCACAGCGCUGUAAUUUAUAAUUAUCGCACAUUUUUAAUGGCGCCUUAUGCCGAACCACUGCCGCUCUAUAUGUACAUGCUGAAACCUAUGAAGAGUUUAAUUUGGUUGCUUAUAUUGUUAGCACUUUUCUAUGCAAUUCUGGCGCAAAUGCUGUUCUCCUGGCUGCGUGGACGCCACCUGAACUUUGGCUUGGUUUUUUUGCGCACGCUCAGCUCGCUACUCUACCUUCCGAGUUACUACUAUAGUCGUUGUACGAGAGCGCAAAUUUUCUGUGUCAUUUUAUUAUUGGCUUGUAGCUUUCCUUUGACGAGCUUAUAUCAGACGAGUAUGACGAGCAUGAUUAUAUCACGGCUCUAUGAGCCGCAGGUUAACAGCAUAGCUGAUAUUGCGCGCACGAGAUUCGUUAUACCAAUGACGAGGAUGGAUAUUGCCUAUAUGAGUCGUUUAUCUGAUAUACCACAAAUAAUUUAUGAUCGCUUGAUUGAAGUUAGCGGGACGGAAAUCUAUCAGUUGCUGCGCGAUUUGAACAGCUCGUACAUACUCACUUUCCUCGAGGAUAAAGCGGCGUUUUUCAUGUAUCAGCAGAAAUUCAUGCGUAUACCCCGUUUCAAGCUAGUCGAUGAGGAGCUUACACAGGUGCCACUGUUUAUAAGUUUGCCGCAUGGCUCUCCAUUUUUGCAGGUGUUUAACCAUUUUUUGGGUAGGAUUUUCGAUUCGGGUAUUUUUCAGAAAAUGUUCGUCGACAGCGCUGAGGAGGGAAUCAUAAGCAAUGAGAUAAGAUUCUUCCGCACUGUCUCCUUUGACUUUCAACCACUCAAAGUCGAACAUUUUUCGCUGAUAUUUGUAGUUUGGGCUUUCGGAAUGCUGUGUGCUCUUAUUUGCUUUCUCGUUGAGUUGAAAAUGGUUAAGUGGCGGUAG